AUGGAGGGCGAAUCUUCGGCCCAGGAUCAUAGGGAGGCCUCCGUCGUCGUCGACCGUCCAUUCAGGUUCCUCGAUCUUCCCGCAGAAAUCCGCAGUCGCAUCUAUACCGAAGUGCUCGCCGAUCGCACAAUUUUCGCGAUUCGCAGACCGAGUAGUGCAACAAACUUGCGGAAGCGUCUAGCGAUCUGCCUGGUCUCUCAUCAAGUCCACGACGAAUCAUACCCCUUUCGCUUCCUGGCCAGCACCCUCCUGCUCAACACGGUGAGCGAUCUCGAGCGCAUCCCGGCCCUCUGCAGAAAAGAGGCUUUGCGCGUCGUCUACUCAGCCUACACUUCAAACGACUAUCGGGUCUUCGGCGCGGACUUCCCACGAUUCACCGGAUUGAUCGACGUGACGUUGAAGCUGCCACGAUGCGUCGUGGUCUCGGCGGAUUUUGUCGAAGCGGUGGUAGAUGAUCUCCGUAUCCGCGCAAUGGUCGUUACGAAAGUGAGGAACUCCAUCGUAGACCAGGCACGCCAACAUCUCACGAAAAUAAAUGAUGCUCCGGGCAGCUGGAAGGACAUUCUACCAGGCGGAGACUUUGAGCUUGUGCUUCGCGAACGCUUCAGAGACGCGAGUGUCCUGUUGGAGGUAACGAUAAAGAGCCACUGGAACGAUCGCAGAGUUCGUCGUGACCUAGUGAUCGAUAUGCACAAUUGGGCGAUCUUGGGGCGGGCUUUGAGGGACAUUCCAGAUGAUCGAUUAGUUGGCAUAAUUGGCGCAGAGGCCUCCCUAGCGGACUAA